CUGCUCUGGUCACACUGCCAGGCAAAAGAAAAAAAACAUAAGAGAAACGGAGAAAAACAGAAACAGAGGAGGCAGCAAAAAGCAGGAAAGGAUUGGAUUGAAUCAAAUCUCGUUUUGGAUUGGACAGAGCGAUCCCCCCGACAGGAUGAACAACGGAUUUAGCACCGGCGAGGAGGACAGCCGCGGGCACACGGACCAAACCUGCUGCCUGAUCGACGACAUGGAGCGGUGUCGCAACCAAGCCGGCUACGCCAGCUACUCGAAGCGCAUCCAGAAGACGGUGGCCCAGAAGCGCCUCAAGCUGAGCAGCGACCCGGCGGCGCAGCACAUCUACAUCUGCGACCACCACAAGGAGCGCAUCCAGUCGGUGCGCACCAAGCGGCGUCGCAAGGACAGCGAGGACGACAGCAACGAGACGGACACGGACCUGCACGAGUUCCCCGAUCUCUACCAGCUGGGCGUGAGCACGCUGCGCCGCUACAAGCGUCACUUCAAGGUGCAGACGCGGCAGGGCAUGAAGCGGGCGCAGCUGGCGGAUACCAUCAUGAAGCACUUCAAGACAAUACCCAUCAAGGAGAAGGAGAUCAUCACGUUCUUCGUCUACAUGGUGAAGAUGGGCUCGAACAAGCUGGACCAGAAGAACGGCCUUGGCAACGACACCACCUGAAGGCGCGUCGGCGGGCGGAGGGAGGAGGAGGACGCCGACGACGUCUACUCCUUCUAACGCUGGCCAAACCAAACCGCCGAUAAACCCUUUUCACAUUGUUGCUGCAUUUGCUGGACGUCGGCAUUGUUUACGAAAAUACGGAAAUACUGAUAGCGAAAUGUCCCUCUCAUCUGUGCACCCCCAAAACCCAAGUUUCCAUACCUACACCACUGCCCGAACUCCUUUCCUCCCGGAACGACCGCCCGGAACACAAACAAUGAAGAACGUGGGGAAAAAGGCAACUGGUGCUCCCAAAAAAUAGUAUAGCGCGAUGAAACGUAAACUUAAUCUAACAUAAGCAUGAAAGAAAUUUACAAAACUAAUUGUAGCCUUGGUCCGUUGUUAAUAGCUCUUUAUACACACACACAUUACACACAUUACAUUAAAUAAACUAUGUAAAUUUACAAGAGAAUUAACAGAGAACACACGCAGAGAACACUCAAUCAAGUAGCAAUUCGUAUCCUUAGGCUUUAAUCGUUUGUAUUAUAAAUCAAGUUAAGCGGGGAUGGCUAGAAAACAGAGAAACAACAGAGAACAGAACACCAAUAAACCUUGAACGAAUCGAAUCGAAUUGAAGCACAAUUAGACUACAAGAAAUGCAAUAUUUAAACUUAAACAUCGUCUCGUUUGCCCCGACGGGCUGGUAACAUAUAUUUAGAGCUCUAGUUUAAGCCUAACUAAGACGAACAUCGCAUCGGUUGCGCAUUAAACGAUUUCUGUUAAAGCCUAGACUGAUUUUAGCCAUACAUUUAAGCCUAAAUAAAACUUAAUAGAAAGCAUUUUCACUUAACUA